AUGACCUUGAAACGUAAAGAGACUAAUACCUUAAUCACUACAAUACUUGACGUCCAGCCACGAUCAACAACCCAAGGAUCAGGAAAAAGCAAUGAUGAGAUUGUUGAAGAACUUGCUAGUUCAAUCCUUGCUAAAAUUCCUGAGAAACUUGACAUGGAUGCUGCAGCAGAAACACUUUUUGUCAAGGAUGACAAUGGGCGAGUGGACUCUCUAACUACUGUCCUUGGGCAAGAAGUGGAUCGUUUUAACAGUCUUCUCAGUCUGUUAAGGACCUCUCUACAAACACUUAACAAAGCUAUUGCGGGUUUUGUCGUGAUGUCAGAAGAGAUGGAGAGAGUGUAUCACAGCUUUCUUAACAACCAAGUUCCAGCACUCUGGGCUAAUGCAGCAUACCCAUCACUGAAACCUUUAGGAGGAUGGGUAAAAGACCUUGUGCUGAGGACAGGCUUUGUAGAUUUCUGGAUCAAAAGAGGUCAACCUAAAUCAUUCUGGAUCUCUGGUUUCUUUUUUCCACAAGGAUUUCUGACAGGAACUCUUCAGAAUCAUGCUCGAAAAUAUAACUUGCCAAUUGACGAGCUUAGUUUUAGUUAUAAUGUCAUCCCUGUCUACCGAGAUCAAAUGCAGGUUGCAGAAGCCUCAAAAAUGAGUCACUUUGGACAAGAAUUGCCAAUGGAUGCCCAGCUCCCUUCUCCUGAAGAUGGUGUGCUGGUCCAUGGGAUGUUUAUGGAUGCCAGCCGCUGGGACAAUGAAUAUAUGGUUAUAGAAGAUGCCUUCCCUAGGCAAAUGAACGCAAUGUUGCCAGUUGUGCACUUCGAACCCCAUCAAAACUAUGAACCAAGCUCCUUGUUAUAUCAAGCACCCCUCUAUAAAACUGGAGCCCGUGCAGGAACACUCUCCACCACAGGCCAUUCUACCAAUUUUGUGGUUACUGUCUUACUGCCUUCCAAAAAGCCAAGUGACUACUGGAUAUCCAAAGGGUCUGCACUGCUUUGCCAGCUGAAUGAAUAACUGAAACAUGGUUGCUGACCACUCGCCUGUUGUCCGUAUUGCAUGCCGAGCAAGUGAUGACUCGCCCUGUGCCUUAGCCUCAGCAUCCCAUGUAAUCUCACCGUUUGAAGACCAUUCAUCUCUCCCAGCUGAUAUGCAUUCACAUUUCUAAUUCAUUUAGCUAUCGUGUUGAUUUCCCUUCUCUCUCCUUCCCGUCAUGUAUUCAUUUGCAACGCAUGUAUUUUAUGCAUCUGUAGUACUGCUCUAAAAAAAAAAAAAAAAAAAAAAACUACCCUACAAAAUCUGCCUAUUUCAAACAAAGAAACAUGUUUUGCAUCGGAAAAGUAUCUUAUUGUAAGUCCCAUGUUGUACACUUUUCUAACUUGUUUUCUCUGUGCAUGCAAUUUGCUUAUAAAGGAAGUUUCUUAAGAAAUAGUCGCAGUCAGCAUUGGAAUGGCUGAUUCUGUUUAUCUAUAAAAUGUAAGUAAUAAAUAUUUCACACAGACACACAAAAAUAGUUAUGGGGUAUUUAAAUAACCGCUUCUUGUGUUUGUCAUUAAGAUGACUUUCUAGACUCCAUCAUCAAGCUUGCAAAAUUGCUGGAAAUACUUACAUUCUGCAACAGAUCCCGUAAUUAUGACACACUUCUUUUGUGUACACACAGGUUCAAACUUCAUUUUUCCCCAUACAAAACACAUUUCAUAAUGGUUCAAUCUUCAGGCAGGCUAAGCUCAUCAUGGGAGUAUUGGUCACAUUUGCAUUUGGUCAUUUGAAGGCUUCCUCUGCCAUGACUUUCAGUAGAAGAAAGCUGCCACAUAGAUGAUCACUAUCUUAAAGGGCUCCUAUGCAUGAGUUGUACCCUCCUUUACUCAUUGCUAGCUAUAGCAAACAAUUCUCAGUUUAGGUUGCAAUGAUUACAAUCCAACUCAGGUUGUACAUCGAUGAGACGUUAAUGUACAAUUAGAUGCAUGAGCGUAAGAGUGGAAAUGUGUAUCCCAUUCAAAGCCAUAUGAUGCAGACAGAAGGACUCUUCCUUGGACGUGCAAAACGAUGGCCAUCUGAAUAUGUUUCUGAUUUACAGUGCUGGUUUUUAACCCAGCAAGUGUUACAUGUGCUGCUUUGGUGUAUGUUUGGAACUGCUGCAUAAUGCUCCCAGAAAUGAGGAUCAGUAUGUAUUAGACCAAUGCUGUUUAAGGAAAUUGGAAGUUUAUACAAAUUAAUUGAAAGGUGAGAAUAACAGCAUGCAGCUACAACAAUUCAAAUUAAUGAAAGGAGACUUAGUAAUUUGCAUAAUAGAAAAGCUGAAUGUCAGACAUUGAAAAUAUGUUUAACUUAUUAGAAAAAGACCACUGUAUUGACUUUAUAUUGUUAUCAACUGGAGAAAUGUUUCAGACUAUCACAGUGAUAAUAAAAGGUAAAACUUGCCACUUAUUUGGCAAACUGCAACUAACAAUAUCAUUCAAGGCUGAAGUGACACAUUACCAUAAACAAAUCCUGUGUUAAGCAAAGAUGAAAAAUAAAAGUAUUGAACAUGAUAUUUAGCAAAUCUAGGAGUGAUUUACCAAUGCAACAAAAUGUUCACUAGUGUUUUCCUAGGAGUACACAUAAUUAACUAUUUACUUGGUAAUGCUUAUGUUUAUAUCUCAUUUCUUGUCUAAUAUUUAUCAGAGGUCAUGAUCACAAGUACAGGGAGAAGACACUCUUUAAGAAACAAGUAACAGAUACUUUUGCCAGGUAUUUAAUCCUGUGUUUAUUACCUCUAGCAUCAUGGGGCUAAUUGAAUAGUGAAGCUCCUUUUCUCUAUUGAAGUAAGCAGAGAAAAUAAACU